GAUAGGUACUCCAUGUACAAUGAGAAAGAAAAGAACUUAGAAGAAAGUCCAAACAUCUUAGACAAGAGCUACAUUAGUGAGAAUAAAUACAAAUGCUCCCUGGCCAGUGGUGACUGGAGCCAGGACAGCCCUCUCCAUAAAAAACCCAGCCCUGUGCCCCAUGCCAAGGAGCCCGAGAUGUACAGGAAGAAAGUUGUGGAACAGACCUAUUUUUGUAAACAGCUUGCCAAGAGGAAGUGGCAGUUAUAUAAGAACUACUGGAGCGAGACCGCGUCUCUUUUUCAAAACAAAGUCUUCUCUGCACUGUUCAUCGCCAUCUUCCUUUUUGACAUCGGAGGGUUCCCACCGUCGUUACUCAUGGAAGACGUAGCGAGAAGCUCCAGCGUGAAGGAAGAGGAGUUCGUCAUGCCCCUCAUCUCCAUCAUCGGCAUCAUGACAGCUGUGGGGAAACUCCUUCUGGGAAUCCUGGCUGACUUUAAGUGGAUUAACACCUUGUAUCUCUAUGUAGCUACCCUGAUCGUCAUGGGCCUGGCCCUGUGUGCAAUUCCACUUGCCAAGUGUUACGUCACACUGGCCAUACUUUCUGGGAUCCUAGGGUUUCUCACUGGUAAUUGGUCCAUCUUCCCAUAUGUAACCACGAAGACUGUGGGAAUUGACAAACUAGCCCAUGCCUAUGGAAUAUUAAUGUUCUUUGCUGGACUUGGAAAUAGCCUUGGACCACCAAUUGUCG